ACAGACGUUAUAAUCUGCGAGUUCUAUACGUGGAUGAUGUUUCUAUUUAUACGGUGUUUCUGGUGAUUUUCACUCUUGAAUUCGCAACACUGGUGUAGCAUAAUUGAUCCUUUGGCUUUCGACCUAUUACAACUUAAGUUAAAGAGACGUAACGUCCAGGUGACUCAGACUCCGACUGGCAAGUCCAAGUGGCAAGCAUUCCAAUUUGUAGCUAUUGGUUGCUAUUUGGAAGUUGCAGCUGAUUAAACACAGACCAUGCCAAAAAAGUUUGCUGGUGAGAAUUCCAAGGCUGUUGCUGCCAGGGCAAGGAAGGCUUCUUCCAAAGCAGAAGCGGAAGAGAAGAAGCAAAAGAAAGCUGAAGAUGAAUACUGGAAAGAUGAUGCCAAGCACGUUGUGAAAAAGCAGAACAAAAAGGAGGAGGCCGAGCGUAAGCGGCACGAGCAGCAGCAGAAGAAGCAGGAGGCUGCUGCUCUACUGCGGGAGGAGGAGGCCACUCUGGAGAAGCAGACGGCCUCCAAGCGGCCAGCACCCAAGGUCACGCGCAGCCAGGUGCAGGCGGAGGCCGAGCGGCGAGCGGCGGCCGCACGCGCCGCCGCUGCCGCCGCCGCCGCCACACCGGCCAAGGGCCAGUUGGAGGCGCCCGUCGCCCUGGAGGAGAACGUGAACCGGCUGGAAGUGGACGGGGAGGAGGCGCGCACCGUGGAGGAGGCCAUCGCCGUGCUCAGUGUGGGCGGCGGUGACGACGGCGACCGGCACCCGGAGCGCCGCAUGAAGGCCGCCUACAAGGCCUUCGAGGAGGAGGCGCUACCCAGGCUCAAACAGGAGAACCCGGGCAUGCGGCUCUCGCAGCUGAAACACAUGAUGCACAAAGAGUGGACCAAGUCACCACAGAACCCCCACAAUCAGAAAACCAUGGCCUACAACGCGCCAAAGGCUAGCUGAUCCCAUUCACAUUGGACAUCUUGGAAGGAGAUUGCUUUUUAGGUGUGUCUCUUUCUACAACUGAGUGGUGUUUGAAAUGUUUGUGCGCUGUGAUCAAGCGCUUUCCAGUGUACUAAUACGAUAUGCGAUUCUCCUUGUUUGUGGCGCGGAAUGAAGCGAACUGAUGUGGUGCCUGUUGCUGGAGCUUAAGGGCUUCAUGAUUUGGUUUCGCCCGUUGAUCGGUUCUGAUGUGCCGUCAUAGAUUGUGCUUUUGCACUCCGUGGUUAUCUAAUGUGGCAAUAUAUUGUGCUGCAAAUUUU